CAUGUCAACAACUGUCAACAACUUCGCUUUCGUGUGACGUCAUAUCAGUAGCCGGUACUUUUUUUAUGUUGAUAAUACGUUAAGCGCUUUUCCGCCAUAAAUCAGAAGAUUACGAUCCCUUAUCAGCUUUCAUGUAAACACUUCUCAAAUCGAUCUUCAGAUUUACAUAACUUCCGCCACGUCCAACAACAUAACCUCAAAAUGCGUAAUUUACUAUUUUUGAUUCAUCUGUUUAUAAGUUGUGUGUAUUUCGCGGCUGCUCUCGAAGAAGAAUCAUGCCAAACUUUUGGAAGUGGCUCCGUGUACCCCCUCGGCGUGAAUCCACAAAAAGCUGAGCACAAAUUACAAUGGACACAAGCUGUCAUUUCAAAACCGGCUCCGUUUUGGGAGAGCACGGCCGUAGUGAACGGGGAAUUCGUUCAGUUGAAGUCAACGGACUUUUUGGGGAAAUAUUUGGUGUUCUUUUUUUAUCCUUUGGAUUUCACUUUUGUAUGCCCGACGGAAAUUCUAGCAUUCAGUGAUCGCAUCCAGGAGUUUCGCAAUGUUAACACUGAAGUUGUUGCUUGUUCUGUUGAUUCUCAUUUUACACAUCUUGCUUGGAUUAACACACCCAGGAAGGAAGGGGGGCUCGGGAAAGUCCAGAUUCCUCUCCUUUCAGAUUUAAAUCAUAGCAUAUCUAAGGCAUAUGGUGUGUUUUUGGAGGACUUGGGACAUACUUUGAGAGGUUUAUUUAUUAUUGAUCCUAAAGGUGUACUUAGACAGAUCACUAUGAAUGAUCUACCAGUAGGCAGAAGUGUAGAUGAGACUUUAAGACUGGUUCAAGCCUUCCAGUAUACUGAUCAGCAUGGUGAAGUGUGUCCAGCUGGAUGGAAACCUGGACAAGAUACAAUAAUACCAAAUCCAGUGGAGAAAAAGAAGUAUUUUGAAAAGCACUGAUGUGCUGCGUGUUUUUUUUACAAACUGUAACAUCACAAUAAACAAUUUACAUAAAAAUAA